CAGAUGUGAAAAGUUUGGGCUGCUGCGAGAGGGACAGAAUUCCCACUUCGUCUGUCUGAGGAUUACCGGCUCCGGUCUCCGCUGAUCACACACACACACACUCUGAAGGACUGUGUAAGGGCUGUGUAUUGUGUAUCAGCUUGUGUGUGUGUUAGUUUGGACUACACACGUUAACUGGGAUGAUGUUUCUGGACUGUGCAUUUGUGUUGCUCGGUGUGCUGCUCACGGCGUUCUGUCGGCCCACGGUGGAAGCCCUCGCGAGCUCGUCGCCGCCGGACCCGUGUUACGAGGAAAACGGACAGGCGCGCCGCUGCAUCCCGGAUUUCGUGAACGCUGCGUUCGGCCGGGAAGUGCGCGCUUCCAGCACGUGUGGCCAGAAGACACCGAGUCGCUACUGCUUGGGGACUGAUAGAGGCGGUGGAGAGAGGAGCCUCGAGUGCCGCGUGUGUGACGCGUCUGACCCCAAAAAGCGCCAUCCGGUUUCGCACCUCACCGACCUGCACAACCCACACAACCUUACGUGCUGGCAGUCGGAAAACGACAUACGGUACCCGCAGAACGUGACGCUGACGCUGUCUCUAGGUAAGAAGUUCGAGGUGACGUACGUGAGCGCGCAGUUCUGUUCGUUGCGUCCGGACUCGAUGGCCAUCUUCAAGUCAAUGGACUACGGCAAGACGUGGGUUCCGUUCCAGUAUUACUCGAGCCAGUGCCGGAAAGUGUACAACAAACCGAACCGGGCCGUCAUUACCAAGCAGAACGAGCAGGAGGCCGUGUGCACGGACGCGCACCAGCAGCAGCAGCCGCACCAGCAGCAGCCGAUCUCGGGCGGCCUCGUGGCCUUCAGCACGCUGGACGGACGGCCGUCUGCUCACGACUUCGACAGCUCACCAGUGCUUCAGGACUGGGUCACGGCCACCGACAUCCGCAUCACGUUUAGCCGCCUGUACGGUGAGGAACGCAAGACCGAAGCAGAGGACGAGGAUGAGUCGCACUUCUAUGCCGUGUCGGACCUGCAGGUGGGCGGCCGGUGUAAGUGUAACGGGCACGCCUCGCGCUGUGUGCGCGACCGCACCGGAGAGCUGGUGUGCGAGUGCAAACACAACACGGCGGGACCCGAGUGCGACAGGUGCAAACCGUUCCACUACGACCGACCUUGGCAGCGCGCGACGGCCAGAGAAGCCAACGAGUGUGUCGUGUGUAACUGUAACCUCCACGCUCGGCGCUGCAGGUUUAAUAUGGAGCUGUAUAAGCUGUCGGGGAGGAAGAGUGGAGGCGUCUGUCUGAACUGUCGCCACAACACGGCCGGACGCCACUGUCACUACUGUAAAGAGGGUUACUACAGAGACAUGAGCAAACCCAUCACUCACAGGAAGGCCUGCAAAGACACACUGUUUAUUUUCCCACACAUUCCUCACAGCCCGUAA